CCCGGAGGGGGCCUUCGUCGCCGGAGUCGCGCGGGGCCGCGGCCUUCUCCCUCCGCCGCGCCCGGGCCCGGCAGGGUUUUUCUCCCAGUCCUUGGGGAAGAUGGCCACCAACAACACGGUACUCAACAGGCUGGAGCAGAAAGGUGCCGAGGCGGAUCAAGUUAUCGAAUUUCUCAAACAGCAAGUCGCCUUACUGAAAGAGAAAGCAAUUUUACAGGCAUCUCUGAGAGAAGAGAAGAAACUUCGUGUUGAAAAUGCUAAGCUGAAGAAAGAAAUCGAAGGGCUGAAGCAGGAACUGAUUCAGGCAGAAAUUCGAAAUGGAGUGAAGCAGAUCCCGGUUCCGUCGGCCGCUUCCCUUCAAGCAGAUUCCUCGGCCCUGUUUUCGGAAGAUUUAGCUCAGCCUACACCCGUCCCGGCUACCCCUGGGGCUGCCAGAGACCAGGUUAAAGGAGGUGGCGAAGAGAAGAAAAAGAAAGAAAAAUUAGAUAAAAAAGGAGAGAAGAAGGAAAAAAAGCCACAGCCGCCGGCAGCGGCCGGGAAUGACUCCAAGCCGGUGGACGUGUCCCGCCUGGACCUCCGCGUCGGCUGCGUCCUCUCGGCCCAGAAGCACCCGGACGCCGACUCCUUGUACGUCGAGGAGGUGGACGUCGGAGAGCCGGCCCCGAGGACCGUCGUCAGCGGCCUGGUGAAGCACGUUCCCCUGGACCAGAUGCAGAAGCGGAUGGUGAUUUUGCUGUGUAACCUGAAACCUGCCAAGAUGAGGGGCGUGGUGUCUCAGGCGAUGGUGAUGUGUGCUAGCUCGCCGGAAAAGGUGGAAAUCUUGGCUCCGCCUCCUGGAUCAGUGCCUGGAGAGAGAAUAACCUUUGAUGGAUUCCCUGGAGAGCCCGAGAAGGAGCUAAAUCCCAAGAAGAAGAUCUGGGAGCAGAUCCAGCCUGAUCUGCUCACUAACGACCAGUGUGUUGCGACCUACAAAGGAGUUCCCUUUGAGGUGAAAGGGAAAGGGGUCUGUAAGGCUCAGACCAUGGCCAACAGUGGAAUCAAAUAAAACAAAACCAUCGAUCGA